GACAAGCUGCUGCCUCUCGACUCUGAGGUAUAUUCUGUCUUGGGUGAGCAGCAUCUCCAUUACUCUCCUCUACCCGGUCCUCAUGCUGCUGAGGCUCCUGCUGCUGCUCUGUGCUCCACUCUGUGAACCCACUGUCUCUCUAGAGCUAUUUUUGACAGCCAGCCCUUCCCACCCAGUAGAGGGGAACCCAGUGACCCUGACCUGUAAGAUCCAGCCACCUCCACAGAAGUCAGAUGUCCAGCUCCAGUUCCUCUUCUUCCGAAAUGGCCAGACCCUGGGAUCAGGCUGGAGCACUUCCCCAGAACUCCAGAUCGCCACCGUGCGGAGAGAAGAUUCAGGGUACUACUGGUGUGAGACACAGACAUUGAAACCCAUUGCCUCAUGGAGAACCCAGAUAAACGUGCAGAGAGUCCCCGUCUCUGAUGUGAAUUUGAAGACCAAGCCCCCAGAGGGACAGGUGAUGGAGGGAGAUAAGUUGGUCCUCAUCUGCUCGGUUGCUAAUGGAACAGGAAGCAUCACCUUCUUCUGGUACAAAGGGACCCUGGGCUUAAACCUGGCAACAAAGAACCAGCGUUCACUGACAGCAGAGUUUGAGAUCCCUGCGGUGCAGGAGAAUGAUACAGAGAGCUAUUACUGUGCAGCUGACAAUGGCUAUGGCCCCAGUCCCAGUGGGCUGGUGAGUGUCACAGUCAGAGUUCCAGUGUCUCAGCCCAUCCUCACUCUCACUGCUCCCAGGGUCCAAGCUAUGGUGGGGGACGUAGUGGAACUUCAUUGUGAAGCCUUCAGAGGCUCUCCUCCGAUCCUGUACCAGUUUUAUCAUGAAGAUGUCACCCUGGGGCAUAGGUUAGCCCCUUCUGGAGGCAGAGCAUCUUUCAACCUCUCCCUGACUGCGGAACAUUCUGGAAGCUAUUCCUGUGAGGCCAACAAUGGAGUGGGGGACCAGCACAGUGAGGUGGUGACACUCAACAUCACAGUGCCUAUCCAGGACAGAGGGAAUCUCCAGGACAGAAGGGAUCGGCUUACUUCAGGAGUCAUUGAGGGGAUGCUCUGCGCCCUUGGUGCUGCCAUGAUGACCCUCAUAUUGUGCUACUGGCUCAAGAGGAAAAUAGGAAGACGUCCACCUAGAAACCCACCCAGGAGCCCUCCAAGAUCUGUACCCCAAGAACCCAAGUAUCUCAACUCACCUUCCCCAGUGCAGCCAAAGCCUGUGUAUGAAAAUGUGAACGUUGUACAUGGGGAUGACAUUUAUUCAUUGGUGUACCACAUCCAACAGGAGCAGGAAUCAGCAGCAGUGGGACCCCCGAGAACACAUGUAGAGAAUAAGGUCCCCUCAGACAUCUAUUCUAGACUGAAGAAGGCAAAUGACACCGAUGUGGACUAUGAAGACGCUAUGUAAAGUUAAGGAAGCUUCUGCUCUCUGACAAUCACCCAUGACCCUAAGCCCAGACCCAACCUGUUCUUCAAAGACCCGAGGGAGUCAAUGCUAUAGUGUACCUCGCCCAGGGGCUUCCUCCAUGGGACCAUUUCUUUAUCUACUGUGAAGUGAAGUUGGCACAAGCCCUGAAGAAACCACCCAGAACCAGCAAAGACACAAGAAUGCAACAAAUUUUGUCACCACAACCCAAUUCCAGCUAGUCCUUUUGGGACUAGGUCACAUUGUGCUUUUACUUUUUUUUUUUCUCUAUAAGAGGAUAUAGAAUGGAAUAAUAAAAUAUUGGGUUUAUGGGAUGGAAAGCUUAGAGUGCAUGAACCCCAGGUUAGUGAUUUGCUAAGACUGCUCUGUAAAGAGAGCUGUGUCCAUCCAUUUGUCCACGCACUUUCUCUCUCAGACAAUACAGAGCCCCAGGCCUACAGCUUACAUAAGUUAUCCUGCUUCUACUGAAAGUACUGAUACAGCAUGUUUUGAGUCACAUUUACCAAAUUAGAAUGAAAACAAAGCUACAUAAAAGUCGUCAUGAUUACAUUCAACUUUAGUGACAUAUUUAUAUACACAGGCCAAUCUAAACACUCCAUAUCCCCAAAUUUCUUAUUGGUUGCAGCCUCUGGAAGCUUUAUAAAUGCAGAGUUGCUUCUUCCAUCCACAAAUGUUUUGAAAACAUAGUAAUAUGGUUUGAGGUUCAUAUUAUGAUUUUAAAACAAUAGUAUGCUCACUCCUAGAAGUUAAUAUAGAGGUAAUUAAGUAUAUAAUUUAGAGGUAUAUAAAGAAAAGUUAAAGUCUGUCCUAUAAGCUUACAGGACAAUGGUAAAAACUCAACAUGUAGCACUCCAGACAUUUUUUCUAUUUUUGCAUAAACACAUAAAUAUAUGUAAAUAUAUAGAUAUUGAUAUUCAGAAGUGUCUCUAUUUAACAAUCAUGAAAUAUUUUCAAAUCUUCAUAAAGAUAUACUAUUUUAAAGGGCUGUGUUGUAUUCUGUUGUGUAGAUAAAUAAAAGUAUAUUUUUCUUACUAUUGUGGUAAAUACAUAUAAAAUUGAUAAUUAUAACCAUAUUUAAAUGUACAAUUCAAAUAACAUUAAGUACUAUCAUAUUUUAAUCCUUUCCUCCACUAAUUGACAUUAAAGUGGUCUCCAAAAUUUUUAUAUUAUAAGAAAAUACUCAAAUGUUCUUGUACAAGCAUAUUUAGGCACUUCCGUUAAAUUAUUUGAAAGAUAAACUUGCAAAUCUGGGAUUACUGUUUUUUUAGGUUAUGCACAUUAUAUACUUUU